CUUGGGUCGCUCCCAGACAGCCAGCACACUCCCGCAUUCCCUAAAAGGAUCUGAAGCGUACCGGGCGGCCCCGCCCCCUCUCCGGCGGCCCCCUUUCCCGCGGGGGGGCGAUGAGGUAAUGCGGCUCUCCGAUUGGUCAGUGGGGGCGGCCCUCGGGCCGCGGAGGGGGGGCGCCCGGAGCCUCCCAGCCUAUGUAAGGCGGCAGCCGCGCGGGCAGCCCUCGGAGCCCUAGGAUCGAAGCGUUUGUAGUCGCGCUAGCGGCUCUACCUCUGCCCUCCGCGCUCAGCCCUCAGCCUUCCCCUCUCUCCUUCUGUCUGUCCCUCCGGAGCUCUGUGCUCGCCUGUCCAGUUCUGCCCUAGCCUCUCCACCCCCUCAGACUGCCCAGACGCAGGGCACCAGUCUAGGAGAGGUGGGGGGAACUUUGCGAGCAACUUAGCCAGGGAAGGGAAGAAAAGGAGGAGAGAGACAGGAGACGGGAGGAGGAAAGAGAGGAGGAGAAGAAGGAGGGAGAAGAGGAAGACAAGGAGGAGAGUAGCCUGCGUCCGGCCCGCGCUUGAGCCCGCAGUGAGUUGGGAAGAAGCCGGGCGCGCCGCGAUGAGCCCGUGGCUCAGUCUCGUGGUGCUUCUCAGCAGCUGGAGCCUGAGGGAGCUGGGGGUAGACGCGUGCACUUGUUCCCCGAGUCACCCCCAGGACGCCUUCUGCAACUCGGACAUCGUCAUCCGUGCCAAGGUGGUGGGAAAGAAGCUGGUGAAGGAGGGACCCUUUGGGACACUGAUUUACACCAUCAAGCAGAUGAAGAUGUACAGGGGCUUUAGCAAGAUGCCCCAUGUGCAGUAUAUCCACACAGAAGCUUCCGAGAGCCUUUGUGGGCUGAAGUUGGAAGUCAACAAGUACCAGUAUCUGCUGACAGGUCGGGUAUAUGAUGGCAAGAUGUACACAGGCUUGUGUAACUUUGUGGAGCGGUGGGACCGGCUCACCCUCUCCCAGCGCAAGGGUCUAAAUUAUCGGUACCACUUGGGCUGCAACUGCAAGAUUAAGUCAUGUUAUUACCUGCCUUGCUUUGUGACUUCCAAGAAUGAGUGUCUGUGGACGGACAUGCUCUCCAACUUUGGCUACCCUGGGUACCAGUCGAAGCAUUAUGCCUGCAUUCGGCAGAAGGGUGGUUACUGCAGCUGGUACAGGGGCUGGGCACCCCCGGACAAAACAAUCAUCAAUGCCACAGAUCCCUGAGCUGCCAUCCCUCCCUUUCCCCCUCCCUCCCUUUUUCAGCUCAGCUUCCCUCGGACACUAACUCUUACCAGAUGAUGACAAUGAAAUUAGUGCCUGUUUUCUUGCAAAUUUAGCACUUCGAACACUUAAAAGGAAAAGUCUAUGCCGUCAUACUGAGUUUAUUUUUAAUCACAUUUCCCUCCCCUCCCCCUUUCUUUUUGGCUUUGGCAUCACCUGUUUCCACCUGAGGAAAUUUAUGAUGGCUUGCCAGAAACGAACAAGGAGAGCAACUUCUUUUAUCAGUGUCUAUAUAAUCUAUAUUUUUUUAGGAAAACAAAAAUCUAAAAACUAUCCCAGUUGGGCAUUGUAAUCCCCUCUAUCCCUUCCCUUACUCCUUCCCCCUUUCUCCCCAGUGCACAAAUUUAUAUACAGACAAGGCAUUUCCUGAAGGGAGAAGAGUAAUAGAAUGGGCCAGAACCAGCAAGGAAACAAUCCCAAGGCAGGCAGGGAAUUGAAAACCAUGAGGAGAUGGGAUCAGAUUCUAUAAUGGGCUCUCCUAACUCUUGUCUGAAAGUAUGAUUGAGAGCAUGAAAUGAGGGGGAGGUCGACAGGCUUGCAGGCACCCACGUCCCCCUGCACACACCCCAACUGGGUGUGCCAGUAGAGGGAUGACUCGGUGGCUCUCCCCAGAUUGCACUGUUUUGUGAAUGCAGAGCUUGGAGGAAAUGUACCUGCAUCUUACAGCAGACCAGGUGAAAGGCUGAGACCCUCAAGAAGUGCUCCUAGAAACUCUGUGGUCUCUUUUUGGCAAGGAGCUUAUAUAGAUGUUUGGGAACUACAUACACACAACUCUCAGCUAGAGUCAAUUAGAAUGUUGCUUAGAGGAGUACCAUUGCCAACUUAGACUUCAGCUCAAAGGGGAAGGGGGGGGGCGUAUUUAGGUGCACAUAUACCUAUUAGCCACACAGAGGUAUAAGCUAAGAUUUUACAGGACACAGAAUUAUAUUCAAUGCUGUUGCAAUCCUCUUUCUCCCUGCCUUUUUUGUUUAAAGAUGAAAACCCUGACAUUCCAAGUUGUUGGCUUUUGACAUGAAAAUUUUCAACUCCUGAGAACUACCAGGCAGGGGCCCAGAGCUUUUAGAACUUCUCCUUCCUCCUCCAAAGUUGGUGGCCUCCCCAUGGCAGCUAGAGCAAGAAGCUGGGAUAGGUGGGAAUGAAGUGAGUAUAGAUAGGAGAGAGAAUGGACACAGUCUCUCGCCUAAUGGAAUGUCCAUCUUCUCACUGCAUCUAAUGAAAUGGCUGGAUUGUACAAUGUCUCCUUUCUCAGCUUCUCAUUGCUGGACCCCAUGGCCUACUGUGUGCUUCUUCCUUGUCCCCACAGUGUAGCAGUGGUGUUAGAGAGGUUGAUUUUGCUGUUGGCUGGAGGGCUUUUUGUUGUCUUUUAAUUUUUUUAAAGAAAACUAUAAUAUAAAUUCUCUUAUUAAAUAAAAUUAUUUUAAGUUUUAAUGUUGAUAAAUAGGAGAUACUGAGAAAAUGGUUGACGAUGUGUAUUUUACAGAGUUUUGGGGGUGGUGACAUUUAACACAAGUUUUUUUUUCUUUUUUCCCUAAAGACUAUAGUUAUUUAUCAAUAUGAUUUUGUACCUUCAGUUCAUUCCACAUUAGGAAAUAGAGCUGCUCUGCUUUUUGGUUGUGUUUUGUACUUUAAAAGCACCAACAUGACAUCUCUCUCUCUCUCUCUCUCUCUCUCUCUCUCUCUCUCUCUCUCUCUCACACACACACACACACACACACACACACACACACACACACACACACACACACACACACACAUUCAAACUCCUGAAAAAGGCAUUAGAAAAAACCCCAGUUCAUGAACAUCCUUUGUCCCUAGUGGACAUUCUGCCUUCCAAUCUUUCUGACCUGGAGAGCAGAAGAGGUGGGGGAGAAUCAAGACAGACAAGAGUUGUUAACUGUACCACUGGAGACAAAGACCAUGCUCACCAAUGACUAAAAUGAUCUGGCCAGUGGUUCUUGUUACCUCAAGCUGAAGUACUUAGCUUUUUUGGUAGCCCACAAGCUGGCAAACUGGAUAUCCUGAAUCUAAGGCCCCAGACUUCCUGAGGCAUGAGUGUCACCUUCUCUAAGAGGUGGUCAACCAUGUAAACCACUGACCAUCUUGGGUGAUCUUCCCAGUCACCUUCAUGGCAAUAAAAGAGACUCAAACUUAAGUUGAAAAAAAAAAAGGCAAAUGCUGGUUGGUCUGUAGGGAAGACAUAUCUGGCUGGGGAAACUCAUCCCUUUCCUCCUACCAAAUCCAAACCAGGGCAGAGAUAAUGGGGUUUUGGCAAAAAAAAAGAAAAAAAAGAAGAAAAAGUCUCUUGUGUGAUGUUCAAGGGUGAUUGAGUACUGAGCUUGCUAUAAGCUUUGUUGAUUUUACCUGUUCACUUAAUGUAUAAUUCAAGGUCAUUUAUAGAGCUGAAAUAUCUCAGUACUUCAAAUUAUUCUUUUUUUUUGUUUUGUUUUGCUAAGUUCUGUGUUGUAUGUAGGUUGUAAUAUCUGCACAAUUCUUCAAAGCAAAACUAGACUCCCCACUCCCCCACAUGCCACCAAAUUCUAUUAAUACUUUGAAAGGUAAAACAUUUGAUGUAUUGACAGCCAGAUUGGCAACAUGUGGAUGAUCAGAGAACAAAUAACUCCUUUGCUUCCAUUGGAAGAAGUAACAUUUGACUUGGGCAUGCCCUUGAGUGGCAAGAAUUUUCCUCAUAGAAGAAUAGAGAGAGAACAAGACAGGCCAAAAAAGAAGUUGCAUUCCUGAUGAAAACAUGGGAAGAAGAUUGGUCCUAUGGAUAUAAAAAUAAAAAAUUUUUAAAAGAAUGAGGGUGGCUCUUGAUUGAGCUUUUUUUUUUCCCUCUGACAAUCCAAGUCUGGUACCCAAAGUUUGAUUGCCCAGGCCUUCUCUUUCAUUCUUAAAAUGAAGUCAUCCUACCUGGCCAGGCAAUGCCCUAAUAUUAAAUCAUGAUCAUGGAGGUAUUGGAGAUCUCAGUUCAAGACUACCAUGAGAACAUUUUGUUCACUUUCCAUGGUUCUUGGGAAAGGACUAAUUGAACUGGGGGAGGGGAGCUAGAAGCCAACAGCUAAUUGGAAACAUACUUCCCAACAGACAAAAGAGUCUUGCCUCUUUGGAAUGAUUAGUCUUCUGAUUGUAACAUGACAGGGAUGGCUCAAAUCUGUCAUCUCUUAAAACCCCUACAUUCUCUCCACCUCUUGCAUGGAUGCCAUUGGCAUUGGUAGUGGUGGUGAAAAGUGGAGUUAGUUACCAUAGGAUAGUGCCCAAGAGUUUCACUAAUGACCACUUUAAAAAAGACAAAAGGUCAUUGAGUAGAUCAAAGAGAGACAAGUCAAAACACUCAUGGCUUUGGACAAAAGAAAGACAGAAUGAUGAGGGAGUUAAGCAGUCAUGGAAUUUAGAGCUAGAGGGAGCCUUGAUGGUCAUCUCGUUCAAUUCUCUUUUUACAGAUGAGGAAAAUAAAUUAAGAAAAGUUGAGUGAUUUCCUCAAGGUUACAGAGGUAAUAAGUGGCAAAGCAGGGAUUUGAACCCCAGCCCUCUGGUGCCAAAUCCAGUCCUAUUUCUGCUAUACAAACAUCAACAGUUUCUAAAUUGGGUCCCCUCUUUCUCUUUGGUCAAGAGAAAGAGCACGAGAUGGAGGGAGUAGGUUCUCUGGCCUGAAGAAUGAUCUUAAUGAGCUUGUGGCUGGUGGCACCCACAAGCAUCUCAACUGUCUCCAUCUUUUCUGUGUAGCCAAUCUGCUGUCCUCAUGUUAUGGGAGGGAAAACCACCAGGAGAAAACCUUGUCUGGAAGGAAUGUAUUUGUCGCUAAAUUUUGUAGCACUGUUUACAGUUUUCCUCCAUGUUAUUUAUGAAUUUUAUAUUCCGUGAAUGUAUAUUGUCUUGUAAGGUCAUGUGGCAUAAUGUUCACUUUUUAUAGUGUGUCCUUUAUUCUAAACAGUAAAGUGGUUUAUCUCUAUCACAA